AUGGCGCCUGGCAAGGACGGUAGUGGGGGCACGCUGCAGGCGCCGCUGGUGGCGCGGGAGGGGCAGGGGGCGCCCGCGGGGCCGCCUGGGCUGCAUGAGAGUGCCCUGAGCAGCAUCGUUGGCUUGAAAUUGUACAAGGAUGCGCCGCAAUGGCUGCGGGCGGACUACGUGCCGUUUCUGCUGCUGUACACGCUGGUCGUCAACUGGACCUUGAAGCACGUCAUGCACGGCGAGUGGUGGGCCAUCAAGGUGGGCUUCCAGCUCGCGCUCGGAGUCGCCGUCCUCUCCGUCCUCGUGCGCCUCCUCUGCCACUGGAUCGUCGCGGUCCGCUGCUUCUGCCGCUUCUCUGUGGCGCCCUCCCUCGCAGACGCCACCGUCGUGCGCGUGUUCCCGGCCGAGCACGCCGGCGCAGAGGACGUCGUGCCCCUGGAGCGCAACGCCAUCCCCCACGCCGGCACGGAGGUCGCGUUCUCGUUCCGGAAACAGCGAUUCUUGCUCGACCCCGCUGACGGACCGGCGGGGGCCUUCCGCCCGCUGCCGUACCCGACGCGCCUGCCGCUGUCCAAGUACAUCGCGCACCGCGGACUGGCGGGCGACGCGGCCGUCGCGACCGCCGCGGCCGUGUUCGGCCGCAACGAGUUCGUCGUGCCUAUUCCCACGUUUGUGGAGCUGCUCAAGGAACAGAUGACUGCGCCGUUCUUCAUCUUCCAGAUCUUCUGCGUGGGCCUCUGGAUGCUCGACGAGUACUGGUACUACUCCCUCUUCACGCUCUUCAUGCUCGUCGCGUUCGAGUGCACCGUCGUCAUGCAGCGCCAGCGCAACCUCCGAGAGCUCCGCGGGCUCCAGUCGCCGCGCCAACACAUCCACGCCUUCCGCUCGCACCGCUGGAUCCGCAUUCCCGGCGAAGCCAUCCUCCCGGGCGACCUCAUCUCCGUCGUCCGCCCCGCGCACGACGCGAAACCGACCGACGACGCCAACGGCCGCACCGUCGCGGCUCCCGGGGCCGGGGGGCGCCGCGCGGCCGCGCCCGCGGAGGAGGCCGUGUUCCCGUGCGACGCGCUGCUCCUCGCGGGCUCCGUCGUCGCGGAGGAGGCCGUGCUGACGGGGGAGUCGAUCCCUCAAACAAAAGACCCCCUGGACCCUAAAGGGAAGCCCCGGGGGCCUGACGGGACCGAGGCGCACCUGUCGGUGCACGCGGACAAGGCGCACAUGAUCUUCGGCGGCACGAAGGUCCUCCAGCACUCGCCCCCCGCGGGCGCGGGGAGCGGCGUGGCGGGCGUGCCCCCGCCGCCAGACGGCGGGUGUCCCGCCGUGGCGCUGCGGACGGGGUUCGGCACCGCGCAGGGGCGGCUGAUCCGGACGAUGCUCUACUCGACCGACCGCGUGACGGCCAACAAUUGGGAAGCCUUCUUCUUCAUUCUCUUUCUGUUGGUGUUUGCCAUCAGCGCCUCGGCCUACGUCCUGUACUUCGGGCUCAAGCAGGACCGGUCGCGGUACAAGCUCCUGCUGGACUGCGUGAUCAUCGUCACGUCCGUCGUCCCGCCGGAGCUGCCGAUGGAGCUGACCAUCGCCGUCAACGCCUCGUUGGUGGCGCUGCUGCGGCGCCGCGUGUUCUGCACGGAGCCCUUCCGGAUCCCGUUCGCGGGGCGCGUGGAUGUGUGCUGCUUCGACAAGACCGGCACGCUCACGUCCGACGACAUGCGCUUCCUCGGCGUCGCGUGCGCGGGCGCGGGGGCCGCGGAGAAGGGGGGGACUCUCAUCACGGACCCCCGGGCCAUGCCGCCUGGCGCCGUCACGGCGCUCCUGGUCUGCAACAGCGUCACGGAGGUCGACGGCGAAGCCGUCGGCGACCCCCUCGAGAAAGCCGCCCUCGAACGCCUCGGGUGGCGCGCUGCUGGCAACGCCGUCACGCCCGCCGCCUCCGCCUCCGCCCCGGCCCCGCCGCCGUGGCGCAUCCUCUCGCGGAACGCGUUCAGCUCCGACCUCCGCCGGAUGUCCACAAUCGCCGAGCAGCGCGGCGCCGCCGGCGCUCGCAUCGUCGCGGCGAAGGGGGCCCCGGAAUCGAUUCGCGCGCUGCUACGCACCGUGCCUGCCGGGUACGACGCGGCGCACGCGCACUGGGCGUCGCAGGGCACGCGGGUGCUCGCGCUGGCCUCGAAGGCGCUGCCCGCCGACGCGGACCUCGCGGCGUACGCGCGGGCCGAUGCUGAGUCAGGGUUGGAGUUUUGUGGGUUUGCGUUGUUCGAGACGCCGGUGAAAGAGGGGUCGGCGCCGGCGCUGGAGCUCCUCGCGGCGUCGUCGCAGGCGCUGGUGAUGAUCACGGGCGACGCGCCGCUGACGGCGUGCCACGUGGCGCGCGAGACGGGGAUUGUGGCACGGCCAGUGCUGGUGCUGGGGGUGUCGGGGGAGGCCGGCGGGGGGGAGUCGGCGUCCGCGGGCGCGAAGGCGGCGGCCGCGAUGCCGGACUCGGCGUUUGCGUGGACCGCGCCGGACCGCAGCGUCGUUGUGCCGUUUUCGCGGAAGCCUGGCGCCGCGGCGCAGGUGGCGGAGCAGUACGACCUAUGCGUGACGGGGGACGGCCUGUCGCACGCGGCGGCGGUGGGUGUGGCGGACGAGGUGAUCGCGCAGGCGCAGGUCUUCGCGCGCACGACCCCGGAGCAGAAAGAAAUCAUCGUUCGGUCUCUGAAGUCUUCGGGCUCCACGGUGCUGAUGUGUGGCGACGGGACGAACGACGUCGGGGCGCUCAAGGCCGCGGACGUCGGCGUCGCGCUGCUCGCGCCGCCCACGAAGAAGCCGCAGCAGGACGGCGCGCCCCCGGACCGCGCGCCCGGCACCGGGCCCACCGGGCUGCCGUUGCCAGACGGCGUCACGUGCCAGCCCGUGGCGGGCGCGGCGGCGCCGGGCGCGCCGAGCGAGGAGCUCGUGUUCACGCUCGAGACCGAGAGCGGCGCGCGGAUGGAGCUCGUGCUGCCCGAGGGCCUCAACGGCGGCAAGGGGACCCAGAUGUACGUGGACGUCAUCAAGCGGGCGAUGCGCGGGCGGGCGGGGGGCGUUCCGCAGGUGCCGAAGCAGGUGGUCGGGUGGGCGACGAUGCUGGACAAGAUGGAGGCGGAGGGCGGGAUGGACGGCGCGCCGAUGGUGCGGCCCGGUGACGCGUCGAUGGCGGCGCCCUUCACGGCGCGCGCGCCGGACGUGCUGCCGUGCACGGAUGUGCUGCGGCAGGGGCGGUGCACGCUGGUGACGACGGUGGUGAUGUUCAAGGUGCUCGGGUGCCUGUGUCUGAACUCGGCGUUUUCGCUCUCGGUUUUAUACCUCGAGGGCAUCAAGCUCGGAGACUACCAGGCCACGAUUCAAGGGAUGCUCCAGGCGGGGAUGUUCUUCUUCCUGAGUCAGGCGAAGCCGCUCCAGCGCCUCUCGCGCGAGCGCCCGCACCCGCACAUCCUCUCGCCCUACGUCUUCGUGUCCCUCAUCGGCCAAUUCGCCGUCCAGCUCACGUUCCUGAUUCUCGCCUACCUGUGGGCGCGCCCCACGGACCCCGCGGACAAGCUCCCGAUCGACGGCGACUUCAAGCCCAACCUCGUGAACAGCGUCUGCUUCCUCGCCCAGACGAUGGCCAUGGCCACCACCUUCGCCACGAACUACGUCGGCAAACCUUUCAACACCCCCCUGGCCGAAAACAAGGGCUUCUACUACGGCCUCGUCGCCGUCGCGGGGCUGUACGUCGGCAUGGUGCUCGAUCUCGCGCCGCCGCUCCGCGACAGCCUCGAGCUCGUGCCGAUCCCGGCGCAUCUGCAAGACAGGAUGAUGGUGGGGGGGGUGUUGGUGUUUGGGCUCUGCUUGGGGAUCGAGCGCGGGUGCCGGCGGGUGUUUGCUGCGCCGCCGGCGCCGCACCUGCGUCGGCGUGCGGAGCAGCUCGCGAGCCACGCGCUGCGGGACGCGGACGAGGGGAAGAAGGAUCGGUAG